UGUUUUUUUAUUUCAAGAAUAACCUAAUUCCUAAAUCAAAACACAACCCCGACAUCGUUGAGCAGAAGAUGUGCGAUUAUUCUACUCCUUCCCAGCUCUGGCUACUCCUCUAGCUUCAGCGGCUCCGCGCUCCGUUCUCCACCGUUUGGCCUUCGUCGUGUGCGGCUCCGUUCUCCUCCGUUUGGCCUUCGUCGUGUGCGGAUCCGCUCUCCUCCCUCCGUCUCUUGUAGCUCCGCGCUCCGUCCUUCUGUGUGGAUUUACUUCUGCUCAACGAGUGACGUCCUACGAGGCUCUGACUGCUCUGGUUGACCGAAAACCUCAGGUUGUUAGGUGCUCUAGGCCACCCGAUUCACAGGGACCUUCUUUGCUCUGUUGCAAUACCCUGGGACAACAAAGAUGCUGAACCAGCUGCAUCAACAAGAGCUGAAGUUGUGCGGUCGUGCGGAGAAUGGCUGGUGCCGACGUCCAGAGAAUGUGUUCCUGGCGAGGUGAUGAAAUCCAUUGGAGGUGAUGAAAUCCAUUUUAGAUCUUCCUUAGCCAUCGUCCUAUCGUAUGUUGUUAUUGAAUCACAUCAAUUCACUCAAAUCAGGAAAAAAGGUAUUCUAAUCUCACCGAGCAGAUUACCAAACGGUAUCUAUAAGAUAUAUUGGAAGCCAGUUAGUAAGGGCUGUUGGGAAAGCAUGGUACAAAACGAUAGCCUCCCAUCGUUGCAAGCCCUUCCAUUUGGUCCACGUUUUCUUUCCAAAAGUUCCUUUAUCAGGCCCACAUCACCGGUAGGAGUUGUAAUCGAACUGAAUUAAUAGAGCAAAUCCAAUUUAUUCAUUCAAAUGUAUGAAAAAAGGCCUGAAUUACAUCCAACCUCACUGACGAAAGGGAACCCAUAGGAGGACUUAGUGGAAUAGUUCUGGCAAAUUCUGGACUAGACAUUGCUCUACAUGAUACUUAUUACGUAGUAUGUGGUUGCACAUUUCCGUUAUGUACUUUCUAUGGGAGCCGUUUUGCAUUACUUGCAUUGGAAUCAUUCUGAUUCUAAUCAUUUCAUAUAUAAAUCUCCCCACAUGUUUGGAACCAUCCUUGCUCUUUUCUCUAUAGAUCAUCGAAAUACUCUAUAUCAUCAGGAAGAGAGCCGAGGCCAUUUCAAGCAGCCACGAUAAGUCCAACUGAAGGGGAGGGGCAAAGCUCGAGGGUAUAAUCUCUUACAGUGAUUACACAGAGUUCUUCAACUUUCUCAAAGUGGUUGGGUGUAUCUUAGUAAUAUCAACUGUAACUUUAAAUUACUAUUGCUGCUUAGUGUGUCUUUGUUUUCUUGCAAUUUGGUUAUUGACAUACAUUGUGUGGAGUGUGGAAAGGACUUCCUUAGCAUUUCUUUCCUAAACUCCACUAAAGUUAUCAAAAUGUAACAAGUCUGGUGUUUAGAAUUUGGAAGCUAUUGUUUACAAAUGCAUAGCUCCUUAUUGGGUGAGAAUAGAAAAUUGGAUUAGCUUAUUGUUGUAUAUUAUGUAAGGUUGGCUAUUAAGUGACUGUAAUUCAAAAGUUUGAAUUGGAAUCUCUGCAGUAGUAGAUGAAGCAGAUCAACUUGCACAUGGAUAAUGGCUCCUGAGGUCUGAAUUGCCCUUUUUUCAUGAAGGAGAAAGGGUUCUCUACUCAAGUAGGUGAGGGAAUGAAUGAAUCUCCUCUUCAAUAGAAAAGGAGAAACAGAGUAGAGUAGAGUCUGCCUGCUCUUCUUCUUUCAGUGUCCUUAACAAGUCAUCAAUUUCAAGAGUUCAGUCUAUCCCGGGUGGCAGAUGGCUUCAUUUGUAUUUAAGCUGGAUUAUUCUUAUUUUGGCACCAUUGAAAAAGGGAGACAAUUCUGAUGGAUUCUGCAUUAAGGUGCAUACAAGGAAGAAGAAAUGUGAUCAAGCAAAGCCAAAUAAUAUAAUAUAUAGAUGUAAUAAAUUAAAAUAAUUGAUUGAAUUAUAUAUCAAUAGUGAUACAUUUUUGCGUUGUUUGUUGUUUCAUUUUGUUGUAUCAGAAUUGUUUUAUUUUGUUGCAUUGUGUUUCUUUUUGUUGUAUCAAAAUUGUUUCAUUUUGUU